UGCACGCCGGGCCACCCGCAAUCCAACAUGGCGCUCCCCAUACGGCGUGGUCUGGACGCCUUGGCGAGGCUGGCGACGGCGAGCGGUGUGCUGACAUCACCAUGGAGAUGCCUACACGUGGGUGCUGUGCUGUCGAGGCGAAGGAACUGGGAACCGCUGAAUCGCGUGGUCUAUCCACCCCAGCAGCCCGGGGAGGAGAGGAGGCCGGCAGAGAUUUUUCAUUGCCACAGGCAGAUCAAAUACAGCAAAGACAAGAUGUGGUACCUGGCAACACUGAUUAAAGGUCUGUCUGUGGAUGAAGCCUUAGCUCAGUUGGAAUUCAGUGACAAGAAAGGAGCUAAGGUCAUGAAGGAGGUUCUGCUGGAAGCCCAGGAGAUGGCAGUAAACCAUCACAACGUGGAGUUCAGAUCCAACCUCUAUGUGGCCGAGUCAUUUGUAGGCAAAGGCAUGUACCUGAAGCGGCUUCGCUACCACGGCCGGGGCAUGUUCGGCAUCAUGGACAAGGUGCGCUGCCACUACUUUGUGAAGCUCGUGGAGGGACCGCCGCCCUCCGCCGCGGAGCUGCAGCGCGCGCGUUAUCCCGUGGAGCAUGCACGCUCGCCGCUCGCUCACCUGCGCUCGCCCAUAGAGCAGGCGCGCCUCUACGUAAAGGAGCUGCGCCAGCGCACCGUCCCGCACUCCCUGUGAUGGGGAGAGGUUUAGAGCGCACCUUCCCACACUCUGAUGUGCGAGUGGGAUUUAAAGAGCACCGUGUGUGCAAUCAACUCUGCUCCCUCCUGUAGUUGAAGUUGGAGUGCCCUUGUUUGCAGUAAAAUCUGACUAAUUGGGGGCAGAGCCUCCGGCUUACCCCAAAGUCCAGCUUCGUGAGGGUUAACUGAAGUCCAAACGUGCAAAGCACAGGCGCUGGCACAAGUGCACCCAACAAAGUCGGUAUGGUUUGCUGCAUUCUCAGAUGACUGUGUUUCUAUAUUGCUGACGUUGACACACUCGUGAAGGGCUGAAUCGAUCUACGACAGAACAUGGCCAAAUUUCAAAUGCCAAUUGAAAAUGGUGUAUUUUAGCAUAGCCCAAAAUCUGAUCAUGGGUUGUCUGAAAUGUUUUGUACAGUAUAUGAACAAAUCAAUAUGGGCAUCGCGGUAGCGAGAUGUUAACUAUCUUGCCUGGUAUACAGGAGGUCAUGUGUUCAAUCCCAACCCUGACACCUGUAUAUUUGCAGUUUGUAUGUUCUCCCUGUGGUCGCAUUUAUUUUUCUCCGGGCCCUCCAGACUUUCCCUUCACAUUUAGAAAUGUGUAGAGUGUUUGGUUGCUAUAAAUUUCCACAAACCACUUCAUUGGGCUGUCGUUUGUGGCCAAGUCACUUCUGAAAAAGUUAUACAAUAAAACCUUGGAUUGCGAGCAUAAUUCGUUCCGGAAACGUGUUUGUAAUCCAAAGCACUCGUAUAUCAGUUGUGAUCACGUGACGCUCGGCAGACAAAGCGUAAACACGUACUACUCGUAUUGAAAGACCUCGCUCGUUUAUCGAAUUAAUAUUUAUUAAAAAUUUUGCUCGUCUGGCAAAACACUCGCAGACCAAGUUACUCGCAAUCCAAGGUUUUACUGUAUAACUCAAUGGGCCUUACCUGGUAAAAUAAACAUCGUUUAUAUGCCACAGCU